CCCGGUCCUACAGUGACAGGACAUGAGUCGACCGAUACUCAAGUGGUUUCCCGCUGCAAACUCAAAGCCUAUCCAAUGCUAAUCCGCGCUGAUCAGUAAAUCUACUCACCGAAUACAUUCCUUGGAGAUCCACCACGUAUCUUGACAGUACUAUAGCGACGAUAAAGAUGUGGAUGUCGAAAUGCGAAGCACAUCCUGCUUGCCGCACGUCGAUGACACGACUGCCCCGGCGGAUACUGGAUGUUCAGGCCGACAACAGAUCUCGCUUGUGUCUGCUCGUCAAUUCGUCUACGAAAGCUCAAUACCUUGCCCUGAGCCAUCGAUGGGGCAGGAAUAAGCAAGGAUGUACAGUACGAGCAAACUACAAGCACAGACAGAGUCGUGUCGAUGCUUCUCAGCUGCCGCAUUCUUUCACAGAUGCCAUUCGAGUCACACGUCUACUUGGCUUCCGCUAUCUAUGGAUAGAUUCAUUGUGUAUCAUCCAGGACGACCUGAAGGACUGGGAAGAAGAAGCCCCUAUGAUGGGGACGAUCUACGAAAAUGCAUAUCUGACCAUCUCGGCCUCAGAAUCAACCGGCGAUCAUCAUCACUUUCUAGAGCACAGGAGUACCCCCAGCCCGUUCUCAAAAGUCCACCUCGGAUCAGCAUACCAGUCCUAUCCCGGCAAAGAGUUUGUCAAGAUCAAGCACCACGAAGAAGUAGACUUGAACACCCUGCCAAUCACUUCACGAGCCUGGGUCUUCCAAGAACGCUUCUUCUCCGUACGCACCGUCCAUUUCUGCAAGUCCCAAGCACACUGGGAGUGCCAGUGCCGGAUCUGGUCCGAGAGCGGACGCCAGAGCGAGUCGAACACAGGCGACAAGCUGCACUCCCUGAAGCAACGCCUAUUCACCGCCACCUUCUGGGACUCGCACAACGACUGGCUCUCCCUCGUCGAGCGGUACAGCAGAUGCCAAAUGACGCUCACGCGCGACAAGCUACCCGCUAUAUCCGGCAUCAUGACCCGCAUCACAGAGCAACACGACACGCAUUUCAUCGCAGGCCACAUCAUGCAGCCCACCGAAACCCUUCUCAAAAGCCUAGCAUGGGGCAGCGCUGCCGCCACACCACUCCGCAAGCCCAGCACCCCCCGCUGCUCCUCCUGGUCCUGGGCCGCCCUGGACGGCAACAUCUCCUUCUUCAUCAAACACCCCUCCUCGCCCGGCCGCACCCUGUCCCAUCUCCGCAGAAUCUAUAAAUCGGGCGAUAUCACCCUCGCCGCUACCACUCACCUCCUCUUCCACGCUCGCACCGCUACUCUCCACGCCCGCCCCAUGGACGCCUGGGAACUCCUCCAGCAGUCUCAUCUCUGGGGCAUAUACCCCGGCUGGAGCCCCGAGGCCGACUGCAACGUGCGCUGUCACGGGCUUUUUGACGGUGUUGGGAAGGGCGAUAUGCUUGGCAUGGCGCGUCUGGAUGUUGACAGCAGAGAGACGGGCGAUUUCGUCUGUCUGAGCCUGUUUGAGCAGCGCAAUCCCGCGUGGCCGGACUUUUACAGGUGUUGGGUCUUGGUGUUGGUUCCUGCGAGUGGGCGGAGACUUUCUACGAGUGCUGUUGCUGUGGCGCCGGCUUAUAGGAGAGUUGGGAUUGGCUGUGUGUUUGACGAGCGUUGUGUGCGUAGGGCUCGGAGGAGGGAUGUGCUGUUGGUGUAGAUACUUGUGUGUAUGUAUGUAUGUGUGUGUACUCUUUUAAUCGUAAUAAAGGAUCAUCAAGAUCCCCCCAAGU